CACAGGGAGCGGCUUCCCGCCGCCCUUCCCCUCCCUGCGGGCGCCUGGCAGACUGCUGCAGUCGCGAGUGGCGAGCGCGGUGGGCGGGCCGGGUGGCAGCGGCGGCGGCGCUACGCUGGGCUAGGUCGGGCAGCCGCGACGACAGUUGAGGUGGCUGCAGAAGCCACUGAGGCGCUGAUUGGGUGGCCUGGAGCAGCCCCUGCGAGCCGCCAGGCGCUCCCCGGGCAGCAGUGGGCCGCGGACAGGUUAGAGUGGGGGCAGGGGCAGGCGCGGGAGCAGCCCCGGGCCGGAGUGGGGAGUCCGAGCCAGGCCAUCUCCAGCCAUGUCCGACGAGGCGUCAGCCACCACUUCAUACGAGAAGUUUCUAACUCCCGAGGAGCCCUUCCCGCUUCUGGGACCCCCUCGUGGGGUGGGCACCUGCCCGAGCGAGGAGCCGGGCUGCCUGGACAUCAGCGAUUUUGGCUGCCAGCUCUCGUCUUGCCAUCGCACGGACCCGCUCCACCGCUUCCACACCAACAGGUGGAACUUAACUUCCUGUGGAACAAGUGUGGCCAGCUCAGAAUGCAGUGAAGAACUGUUCUCAUCCGUUUCUGUUGGAGAUCAAGAUGAUUGCUAUUCCCUAUUAGAUGAUCAAGAGUUCACGUCUUUUGAUUUAUUUCCUGAAGGGAGUGUCUGCAGUGAUGUCUCUUCUUCUAUUAGCACAUACUGGGAUUGGUCAGAUAGCGAAUUUGAAUGGCAGUUACCUGGCAGUGACAUUGCCAGUGGGAGUGAUGUACUUUCUGAUGUCAUACCCAGUAUUCCAAGUUCACCUUGCCUGCUUCCUAAAAAGAAAAACAAGCACCGGAAUUUAGAUGAACUUCCUUGGAGUGCAAUGACAAACGAUGAGCAGGUGGAAUAUAUUGAGUAUCUGAGUCGUAAAGUCAGUACUGAGAUGGGUCUUCGGGAACAACUUGAUAUUAUUAAAAUAAUUGAUCCUUCUGCUCAAAUCUCCCCUACCGACAGUGAGUUUAUUAUUGAACUUAACUGUCUCACAGAUGAAAAACUGAAGCAGGUCAGAAACUAUAUCAAGGAGCAUAGCCCUCGCCUACGGCCCACAAGAGAGGCCUGGAAGAGAAGCAACUUUAGUUGUGCAAGCACCAGUGGAGUGAGCGGUGCCAGUGCCAGUGCCAGCAGCAGCAGUGCCAGCAUGGUCAGUUCUGCAAGCAGCAGUGGGUCCAGUGUUGGAAACUCUGCUUCAAACUCCAGUGCCAACAUGAGUCGAGCACACAGUGACAGCAACUUGUCUGCAAGUGCAGCAGAGCGGAUUCGGGAUUCAAAAAAGCGAUCCAAACAGCGGAAGUUACAACAGAAGGCCUUACGCAAGAGGCAGCUGAAAGAGCAGAGGCAGGCUCGGAAGGAGAGGCUCAGUGGGCUCUUCCUUAAUGAAGAAGUGCUGUCCUUGAAAGUGACUGAGGAAGACCAUGAAGCAGAUGUAGAUGUUUUGAUGUAAUAAGGGUGAAUUUAUCAGCAUUGUUUCUAAGCAUUAUUCUAUCCUUAUUUGUUUACAUGCAUCUUGACCAAACUUUUGGUUAGGGCUGUGCUGACGUACCGUUCAUAAUUUAGGUCUGUGGUUCUCAGCAGUUCGUCCUCGGACCAGUAGCUUCAGCAUCACCUGAGAAGUUAUUAGAAAUGCAUACUCUUGGGUCCCACCCCAGACCUAGUGAAUCAGAAAUGCUGGGGGAGGGGCAUAGCAUUGUGUUUCAACAGGUACCAGGUUAUUCUGCCACACACUCUAGUUUUAAGAACCACUGAUUUAGUAAAUGUUUUAACUAUUUAAACUUCAGAGUGGUUAAGUGGGCUUUUUCAGAUUAGUACUUUAACAGUUUAGGAGAUUUCAAGGUACUGCUGACAGAUAAUUUAUUAUGUCAGUAUAGAAUGUGUAGAGAUCAUAAUUCAGUUUCUUCUUAAUGUUAUGAUUUCUUAGUUUUUCUAAAGGGCCAUAGCAUAAUUCUCAAUUCCUAGUGGACGUCUUUUUUUUGAGGUUGUAGGGAUAGAAUGUGGAUUGCUGUUUACAAUAGUGCCUUCAUUAGGUUUAUUUGUUUUCAUUCAUUUUAACUCAAAUGUGUAAAAAAUAGGCCCUAACAUCUUUUGUUAGGUUUGUUUUUGUUUUUCACUUUGUGUAUAUUCAGAAUCCUUUCUGCAAGUGAUGACUACUGAGAAAAUAAUGUUACUAGUAGCUGAAUUUUAGACUUAAUGCUACAUUGAUUAAUAUUCAAAUGGAAAAAUCCAGCAAGCAAAACAACCAAUUCUACUUUUCACUGCUUUUUGAAAUUUUAGGCUGUGAAACUGUCUUAAAGGCAAGAAACAUCUCUGUCAACUUCUUUUUGUAGUUUUUUUUUUAUUUUCAGCACAGCUCUAAUUUUUAAAUAUUUGGUGUAACAGCUUUAUGGCAUGUGAAUAAGUUAAUGUUCAAAAUUAACUCAAGAAACCCUUACAGUUCUGCUAAACUCUAUAAAUCGCUAGAAAUACACUGAGCAGUGAGAUAUUAAAAAACCUUUGCUUCUUGGCUACUAAUAGUACUCUAAUUUUAAAUGUGAAAUCAUGGAGUCUCUAAAUGUUUUCAUGAAGAGUUUGUUAUCAUGAACAUUAUAAGUAGUGUGAUUCCUUUUAUUUUCCCACACAUCUUUAAACAUUCACACGGGUUAAAGAAAAUGGAAACUGAUACUACUGACAAUCAAGCUGCUUUCUGACUUUCAUAAUUUUCUUUUUAUUGUGGAAACUUGGGAGGUAAUCAUGAUUUUGUAGGAUGAGUUGUUAAUAUUUUUUUAAACUCUAGAGUCAGAGGUUGAUAGAUUCCUACCUUUUUUACACUGUAUCAUAUCAAGUAAUCCAUUAAAAAGAUUAACAACG